CGCCGGCGCGGAGCCCGGCCCCUCGGCCCCGCCGCGCUCUGGGCGCUCGCCACGGCCACCGCCACCUCCAGCUCCACCAUGCCGGCGGCAGCGCUGGCCCUGGGCGUGCUGGUAGCUGUGUGCCAUGCCCUGGAGAACACGACGUCGGCCCUGAGCGGUCCACCGGUGGCGGCGGCGGUGCGGUCCCACUUCAACGAGUGCCCCGACUCCCACAGCCAGUUCUGCUUCCACGGGACCUGCCGCUUCCUCGUGCAGGAGGACAAGCCGGCGUGCGUGUGCCACUCGGGGUACGUGGGGACGCGCUGCGAGCACGCCGACCUCCUGGCCGUGGUGGCCGCCAACCAGAAGAAGCAGACGAUCACCGCCCUGGUGGUGGUGGCCGUGGUGGCCUCGGUCGUGCUCAUCGCCGUCUGCGUGCUCAUACACUGCUGCCGGCUGCGGAAACGCUGCGGGUGCUGCCGGGAACCCCUCUGCGGCCAGGAGAAGCCGGCCGGGCUCCUGAAGGGCAGCGCGUCCUGCUGCCACGCCGAGACGGUCGUCUGACGCAGCCGGAGCUGCCGCAGCCGAGCCAGGACGCCGCGCCGGGGAUGAACACAGCUUCUUUCCUUUGGUUUCCCCCCCCUUUUUUUUUUUUUUCCCCCUUUCCUCUUUUUUUUAUUCUCCUUUUUUUUUUUUUUUUUUUUUUUUUUCCUCCCCACCGUGGGGGAUGGCAGCGAGCCCCGCAGAGGGGCCCGCGUCCCCCCCGGGGUGACGGCAGCGGGGGAACCGACGCGGCGGGCGCCGGCAGCGGAGGAGCUCCCAGUGCCUCCCAGUGCCUCCCAGUGCCUCCCAGUGCCUCCCGCUCCAUUCGACAAUCCAGCUCCCACUGCCGCCCCCACCGCCAGAGCUUUCAGCCCAGAGUGCUGGAAAUGGGGGAAAACGCCCCAAAAUCCUGCCUGCUGCGGAGCUGGCCCCUGGAAAGCUUCAUUUGUGUUUGUUGGUUGGUUUUUUUGUUUGUUUUUUUUCCUUCAAGUGCUCUUUUUUUUUUUUUUUCCUUCUUUUUUAACCAAAAGGCAAAAAGAGAACCCAAACCCAGCCGAGCGCGGGGUCACUGGGUUUAUUUUUCUACGAGCGUGCCUGCUGGAAAAAAAAAGUGCCGCCGAGCCCUCAGCUCGGCAAUCCUCCAAAGCCCCAACGCCGCACGGACCUUUGGGGACAGAUCUGCUCUUUUUAGGACGAAUAAAAAUGAACCGUAAUCCUAGGGAACCUCCUCAAGCCGGUGCUCUAACCUCCCGUCGACUUGUUAAUCCUUUCCGUAGUCUUUAUCAUAACCGACCCGAAGCUUUUGUUUGUUUGUUUGUUUUUGGUUUGUUUUUUUCUUUUUUUUUUUUUUUUUAGUCAUGGUUACUCUGUCUUCUGUAUAUGUUGCACUGAAAGUUAAUAUUUAAUGUUUUAAUUUAUUUUGUGUGGUUUAAAUUAAUUUUGAUUUCUAUAAUAUGUUAUUGUGAUCGGCUGUCCUGUUAUUUCUCCCCCCCGCCCCUUCCCCUAAUAUACCUGGAUUAGAGUUAUUUAAGUGAUAUAAAGGACACUUUUUUCAGAA